AUUGCCUCCAAACAAAGACGCAAGCGCAGCCCAGGCGAAGCAAACGCAAAGACCAAGAUGAGCGACACUGAAGUGCAGGACGUGGAGGAGGCCACCCAUGACAUCUCCCUGAGCGACGACGAUGGGGAUCGCGCCCCACCACAGGAUGCAGCCGAGGAAGCAGAAGAGCCACAGCAACAGGAGGAGAACGAGGCUGACGACAAUGAUGAUGCCACAGCCGCAGAUGCUGCAGAGCCAGCCGUGCUGUCCGUGAGCCCAUCUGAAGAGAAGGAUGAGCAUGUGGACGUCUCCCUCUCUGAUGACGAGCCGCAACCGCCAGCUGAUGACGAUCAAGAAGAGCAGCCCGCUGCGGAGAGCACCAAGGAGGAGAAUGAACAAGACGAUGCUGCACUGCAACAACAGGAGCAGGAGGAAGCCGAAGAAGAGGAAGAGAAGCAGCAACAGAAGGAUGAGCCUGCGACCGCCACCAGCGAUGAGCAGGCUGCUGCUCCCAGCUCGCCCUCCUCCGCGUCAACGUCCACAGCCCGCGCCCACAAGGCGAGCGUUUCAAGUGUGUCCUCGCAACACAAGCACAAGGAGAAGCUCGACAUCAACGUUGGCUCCCCAAAGAAAGUUGGCGAGGGCAUGAGCUCUUACAUUGUCUACACCGUGCACACCAAGACGGAUAUGGAGAGCUACCGCCCCAUGGACGACAUCACCGUCGAGCACCGCUACAGCGAUUUCCACAACCUCUUCAAGCUGCUGGUUGCAGACCACCCUGGCGUGAUUGUGCCGCCGCCGCCACCCAAGGAUGCCCUGAGCACAGGCAUUGGCAAGUUCAAGUCCAGCACCGAGGACAUCUCGCCCUUCCUCGAGCGCCGCGCACGCGCCCUUCAGAGGUUCAUGCGCAAAGUUGCAGAGCAUCCAAUUCUCCGCCACGACGACAACGUCAAGACCUUCCUCACCACAGAGACAAAGCUUGCCAAGCCCAAGACAAGCACCCUUUCCAACAUCGCCCAGAAGCUCGCGUCAUACGUCGAGUCAGAGGAGUGGUUUGCGGACACCACGCAGGAGGUGGAUGUGAUUGAAGCCCAGCUGAAGCAGCUGCACACCGCCCUCCAAUCGCUCGUGACGCGCCGCAAGGAGCUGUCUGGGCUGAUGACGGCGUUUGCCGAGCGGUUCUCGGCGCUUGCAGACAGCGAAGAGAUGGAGACGCUGUCUGGCGCAAUGCACCAGCUCGCAGACGUCGAGGCAAAGGUCGCCAACCUCCACGCAAAGCAGCGCGACCGGGAGUUCUACGACCUGACGGGAGGUUGUCACCGACUACCUCCUCCUCGUCACGGCCAUCAGGACUGCGUUCCAGCAGCGCAUCUCGGCGUUCAAGGCGUGGCAGACGGCCGAGUCCACCCUCCUCAAGAAGAAGGACCUCCAGGCCACCUACACAGCGAAGAACAAGACGGAGAAGCUCGACCAGGCCGCCCGCGACGUCGAGGCGGCUGAGACGGCGGUGCAGGAGGCGAAGGUCGUGUUCGACGAGAUCUCGGCCCGCAUCAAGCAAGAGUACAAGCGCUGCAACCUCCUCCGCGCGCGUGAUAUGAAGACUGCUGUGAUCCGCUAUGCGAAGAAGACGGCUGAGCUGGAGGAGAAGAUUGAGACGGCGUGGACAAACUUCCUGCCAAAGGCCAAGGCCAUUGGCCAGGAGGCGUGAAGCCGCACGUGCACGUCACAUCAUACAUGCAUGUCGUAUGAUGACAUGUGUCUCCCUGCGCAUUGCCACCUUGUCGGUUCUGUUCCAAGUCACCUUGCUUUGGAACAUCGACCCACACCCAAAUAGUUGCCCGUUGUUGUUUGCUGGUGGAGUUGCAUGGUGGUGUUUCUGUGACGCGGUGUUGCUGCCUGUUGUCUGGACUUGUGGCGAGCAGUGUUCCUCUUGUGUUCGCUUGUGUUCGCUUGUGUUCAUCCCCGAUGCAAAUACAUGACAUGCCAUUUCGAACUCAUAACCUUUUACUCUUGCCUCA